AUGAUCGUACCUGUGAGAUGCUUUUCAUGCGGAAAAGUAGUCGGUGACAAGUGGGAAGCCUACUUGAACAUGUUGCAAGAAGACGAGCUGGACGAAGGUACCGCGCUUACAAAAUUGGGACUUAAGAGGUAUUGCUGCAGACGUAUGAUCUUGACGCAUGUGGACCUGAUCGAAAAGUUCUUGAGAUACAAUCCAUUGGAGAAGCGGGAUUAG